AUGAAUUCUGUCGCCCACAGCAUGGCCGAGACUUCUCCAGCUCCUGCUGCUCCGCCCAUGCAACAUCAACACCAACACCAACACCAACAGCCGCAACCUCCGCCGUCUCCAUCUCCAUCGCAGCCGACCUCUGUAUCCGAAACCGCUCCGACGCCAUCCUUACCUUCAAUUUCGUCGCCCUCUGCCCAGUCUGCUUCGCUGCCUGCUGUUCUCGCCGCCGCAACAGCUGUCGCAUCAGUCUCCGUCCACUCACUUGCGCAAAAUCCAGAUGAGCUUCCCCCACUCCGCCAACCGUCGCCGACCUCGCCGGCGCACUAUACGUUCGAACAACACCAACAGCAGCAGCACCACCAUCCUCACCACAACCUCCACCCAGUUACGCCGCCUCUGAGAAAGGACACAUGCUCCUCCAUCUCAACUCAGGCCACUAGCGCUACCUUGGCCUCCACAGAGACCAGUAACACAUCGUACAGUGCCGACACCUCUCCUAACUUGCACCAGUCCAUUUUCUCUAUAAAGGAUGGCUCCGACGUCUCUAACAACCGCCGCACGUGCAGGAGACGGACCGGGCCCCUUUCUCAGCAGUCCAGAGAACGCGCUGCACUCAUUCGAAAGCUGGGUGCAUGCAUCGACUGUAGGAGGCGACGAGUCGCUUGCCACCCCAGUCAUCAUAAUAUGACAUGGGAAGACGUCGUAACCAAGUUUCAUCGCUCGCAUAGCCCGACUAUUCAGAAUAUUGCACCUUCCCUCGCUGCUGCCGGCCGACCGUUGAGCCCCGCCCCCGCGAUUAGCAAUGUCCAGGCCUUGUUCCACGAUACCCAGGAAAUGGAUAUCGAUUCCAGUACUCCUGGCUCCAACCUGCCCGGCCGCCCUCCGCUAAGUGACGCUCGAAUUCGCACCCCUUUGCCAUCAGGCCCUCGCCUGGAGAAGUCCCUGUCUUUACCUGGCAUCGAGAGCUUCAAGAACGAUCUCCAAUCCAAUGUGGGACGUAUGCUUUCCACUCCCAGUCGGGAUCGAUACAGUUCUGUGCAGGUUCUGUUCCUGUUCUGGCAAGACGAUGAAGAGGUCCCGAUAAUUCAGACGGCUGUCCGGGAGCUCGCUGAGGUUUUUGAUAAGUAUUAUCGUUACAACUUCCAAGUUCAAGCUAUCCCGUCAUCCUCUGACGGCUGCAAAAGCUCAUGGAGGUGGCUAUCAAGGGCACUCAACGAGUUUGUUGAGGACCGCGAUGAGCGCGAUGUGUUGAAAAUAGUAUAUUACGCAGGACAUACAUACCUCGAUGGUAACCGUGAGAUGGUCCUGGCAAGCUCGCGAAAUCCAGAACAAGCCUCAACAAUCCGGUGGGGUGGCAUACAACAAACUCUCGAAGAGGCUUGCGCCGAUACGUUGAUUAUCAUGGAUGCUGCAUACUACCCAUCUUCCAGAAUGGUUCGACAACAGGGCGUCCUGGAACUGCUUGCAGCUUCGGUGUCAGAAGAGCAUUAUUACGAUCUUGAUCGCUGUGCAUUCACACGGGCUCUUGCUGAACAACUGCGAGUCCGGGCAGCACGCUUGAGUCCUCUUUCGGCUGCCGAGCUGCACGCGAAUUUGUUCUCUCAGUACGCCAAAAUGGUGCAAGACAAGUAUCCAGAGAAAGAAGUAUUGACCAGUUUCCCCUCUCCGCUACACAUGAUGAUGUCGGGCAACUCGAGGCUUCCGUCUAUCUUUCUUUCUCCGGUGUGCCAGAACAGCCCCACGCAAGGAAGUUUCUCUUCGUAUGAGAACAGUCCCCAAUUACACUUGUCUAUUCGACUGGACGAUGACAACGUUGACCUCGAGAGCUGGAAUGAAUGGCUGCGACUGAUGCCGGAAGGUAUCAGGGAUGUCAAGGUCGAAGGGCCUUUCCGAGCUACGUUCAGAUGA